CUGGUUUAUGUUAGACGAGCCGUACUUAGUCGCUACGGAAAUGUGGAUUGUGUACGACAUUUAUUGAAUGCUAUGCUCAUUAUAUAUAUUACCAGAGAGUGAACAGAGCAUGCAUAAUAUAGAUAUUUCAAAGUUUCCGCCGAAGAGCGCGUGGCGUGGGAGGUGAGCGAUGCGGGCGAGGUGGGCAGUGGUGGCGCUCGCGUGGUGCGCGUGCGCAACGGCCACGCCCGCCGAGCCGCGCACCUCGCUACCCUUCGCACCACCCUCGCCCCCUGCGCCCCCGUCACCCUCAUCAGUCACACACUGCGAACCACUGUUGCUAUGGAAUCUCCCACCCAUGCCUGCAAAUAUGAGAGAGCACGAAGCAGCAGUGGUUCAUACUGCACGUGCAUUAGCAGAGUUGGUCGAACAAGGAGCAGCAGACGAAGAGCGAGCUGCAAUACUUGCACGGGCAGCUGCCCGUGCUCCACUCUCUCCGCCUCCUGCUGCUGUCGCUCUUGGUGUUCCACAGCUGCACCUUGGUGUUCUUUAUGUCGCAAAACCACCCCGACUUAUUGUCUUCCAGCAAAACAAUUCAGUUGUCCUACGGCAGUUCUGGAGAACGUUAGCAUCAGCGUGGAACGCUACUUCAGUGGUCUGGGCGAACGCGUGGUUUUCCUGCGAUAGCGAUGACUGGGGUUGGUGGGGCGGAGUGGCUGCAGCUCGGGGAGCUGGACCUUCACGUGCAGCUGCAGCCAUUUUCCGCCGCUGGUCGGCGUUGCCCUGCGAGGAAGCUAUGUACGACUGGCUCGAAGGGCCACCGCUUUGUGACCCCGCAACCACCGAUUGCGAGGCUAUGCCUGCAAUUGGAUCAGCUACCCGUAAACUAGACUACCGGUGCAAAUGCCGUGCAAGCUACUGGCAUCCAGGAGGCUCGGGCUGGGUGGGCAGUGCGGCCCUGGGAGACGAGGGGUUGUCGUGUGCAGCGUGUGGCGCGGGUGGUGACGUGGCCGCCUGUCUCGCUGAUGAAUACCGUGCCGCGCUCCUAGCAGCAAAUCUAACUGGCAUACUUAUCUGCUUCAUUAUUGGAUUUAUCAUAUUCAAAAAAAGAAAAUGCAAAGCAGUAGCUAUGGGAAUGUGGACAGUAUUAGAAGUGGUGCUUUUCGGUGCAUUAUUCAUCUACGCUUCCGCGGCAUCUCAGUAUAUGAAUGAUGCUCGAUUGCGUUGUAUUGCGGGGGCGUGGUUCCGAGAACUAGGCUUCGUAGCAUGCUACGGUUCGGUUGUGCUGAGGCUAUGGGUACUGCUUGCUGAGUUUAGAACUAGAAAGGCGCAUAGAUGGACCCCGAGAGACUCAGAGGUGCUCCGCGUGGUGGGCGCCAUGUUGUGCGGGGCGGCGUGUUACCUGUCCGCGUUCAGUGCGAUGGCGGCGUGCGGCGAGGGCUGUGCGCGUACCGCGUGGCAUCACGUCACUGCCGCCGCCGAGCUGCUGCUGCUGGCUGCCGGCGGGCGUAUCGCGUACGCUGCACGAAACGCCAAUGUGCCGUUCCAGGAGCGGGGUUGGUUAGCAGCAGCUCUUUGUGUGGAGGGUUUUUGUGGCGCGGCGUGGCGAGUGGCAGCUGCGUGGGGCGCGGCCCCGGAGAGCUCCCCGCUGGCUGCCACCGCGCGGGCGCAUCUCUCCGCGGGCGCGGCACUGGCGUGCGUGCUCGCGCCACGCCUUUGGCACGGCUACCGUGCGCGAUCGCUCGCGCAAGAGGUAUCUCGGCGUGGACCAGCGGAGGGGUUCGGUGUGGAGGGGGAAGAGGAGCCCACCUCAGAAGAAGUACGAGCGGAACUAAAGCGACUUUAUGUCCAACUAGAGAUCCUUCGUAACAAAACUCUGCGUCGUGACAACCCUCACAUAAGCAAACGUCGCGGUGGACGGAAACCACCACACAGGCGGUUCUCACUACAGGCGUUGCAGGCUCGACGAGGAGCUAAGGGCAAAGGCGCGAGCGUGGUGGAAGCGAGCGAAGCUGGUGACGUAUCACGAACGCCUGAGGAUUCCGUUUGUUCCGCCGAAGGACCCUCACAUUACACUGAUGGGGAUACUCAGGCUUGA